AUGCAAGUUAAAGAUAGACCCGUCGCGGAUGAUUACAUCGGCCGGCAACUAUGGCUUGCCGAAGACGAUCGAAAGUCAAUAGAGGAGGCAAUUCAACAGAAUGACUUCGAUGGUCUCCAGGGAUUCGCUGACAGCAAGAUAUCUUUCAUCAAUGAGUCGUAUUCUCGCGACGCGAAGUCCGCUGAGGAGCUCAAGUAUCAGCUACAGUGUCUUUGGUACGUCUACUAUCAAGCGGGCAAAAAUAUUUCCCAUACAAGCCCUGAACAAGAUACAUGGGUCCUGCAUAUCGUCCAACUCCAUGGGCAAGGGAAUUUGACGCGCCGAGCACAAAACAGCCACAACGGUAAUGACGGCGAUAGCAAUGACAACAAGCUUGAGAUUGCCACAACAUCCGCUGGCAUUAUUUGGGAAGGUCUGCCUUUCUUCACUGCGGACAUGACGGACUUCUGGGUAAAGGAUUGUGCAACUAUGAGUACUGACCAACGCGUCGACUUCUCUUGCUUUCUGGCUAAGCUCGCGUCCACCGGGGUAGACGACAAUCUAUGCGAAAUUGCUUUGUUAGUCUUUAAGGACACUUUUGAAACUGUUCGUCCAUUGGGCAGCUUCAACGAUCAGAGUGACGAGGAUCCUCAUAGGGAUUUACGUGAGCUCACGAUUGCCGCUUUACUUCCGGCUGCGCAGUUUUGGCUGGUUGUCGCACACAAUAAAAUCAUCCAACUGUCAGACAAGUUGUGGAACAACCCCGAUACCGUCAGGCAAGGCAAAACUACCUUCGCUACAUCGGAGCUAGGUCGCAGAUCAUCAGCGGCAUUUAGUCCCUGGCGAUGGAUGUAUUGGUUGAAAAGACUGGAGGAGAUCAAAGAAGAAGCAGAACAAGCGGGGGAAGACACCCUUACUAGGCUCGCCUUGACUACCAUGGUACAACUGUUGGGAAAGGUUAAGGACAAGGACACACGGGUUCAGAGAGAACUGGAGGCUGUAGGAAAUUGGGUUAAGAUUUAG